CCCACCAAUAUUUUUAAUCUCUGGAUCUCUUUCUUUUUAUCCCAAACACAGACUUGUACUGACUUUGGACAGCGUAAAAUUUCGAGAGAAAGAAAUUCCAGAGACGUUAAGAAAAAAGGAAAAGUACAGUGAUUUGAAAGUGAUUAUUUACCUAAGAAAUUUGCAGAAUAAAAAGAAGAAAACAUGCAGAAAAUUUUACUGCGCGUAAAGACUGUUUUAAAAAGUACGUCAAGAAGGGUGAUGCACCAAAGACAACAAGAAUAGCGUCAUUCAAUAAAUACAAAGAAGAAGGCGCAGAGAGGAGACUGAGUAGGACUCCGAGUUUCGUAUAAGUGGCACGUUUGGAAGGAGAAAAAGAUGGAGUAGAGUGUUACUGGUGGGGGCCUUACCAGGGGCCUCACAGGUGCGGCUGCCAUUCUCGGGCCCGAAACAACACCGCGAGAACCAGUAGCGCAAGGCGAGCAACGCGGACGCCGAAUACAAUACUAUUCUCUGUGUGACUCAGUGUGACUAUUCUGUCCUGCAUUCUGUAAGGAACAUUCCUGUGGAAUGCUACGAGUUUCCUGUGUCUCGAUACGUCUGGACUACGCAUCAUCCUGAUAUCCCUUGACGUCUUCCUCCUCGUCUUGAUUUUUAUCAGAUACACGUGGAAAUUGUCAGUCUUAAUUCCCGGCUACAUUAUGCCAGUUAUCAUAUAACCUCACGUGUCGUACGACUUUCCUCAGGAUGGAUCUCUGUAGUUAUCGCUUCUCAUGCACCGGGAAGUGCUGAAACAAUCAGGUACAGCAGACGGUAGUGAUACUUCCAUGAUAGUUUCCUUCCUGGAUUAUACUGGGUAAUAAUCUUGCUCUACAUCUCCUCUUAUGAACAUAUUACAUUUUAUCUGAGAUAAGGUUGCUGUACUUAACUAGAAGUUUUUAAUGAUAAUAACGUAACGUAACCGGGCUACCGCUAUUACCUUAGCAAAUUACCUGUAUAAUUCUACAUUCUGUACUGAACUAAUAACUGUCUUUGUUGUCUGUAUACUGUGUAAUUAUCAUUCUUAUUAACUCCAAAUGAUAUUUUAAGCGCUACUCCUUGGGUUCUAUGAUAAUAACCUGUAAGAGGAAUAAUUUUUUAUUGAUAAUACAAGAAGUCGAUGGUAAUAAAUUUUUUCUUUUAUCAUCAGACUUCCUGUGUUUUAUAUACGAAGUACCUGUUUCACCGUUUAAUGUGUAUCUAAUGGUAAUAAUAACAAUAGCUCUCUAACGACUAUCAAGCAGCAUCCAUUCGUCAUGCAUUUAUGCAUGAGUGAGAAUUUGUAGAAAACUUUUCUUAACUAUAGUGUAGUUCGUUAAUUCAAUUUAUUAUAUUUUUUGUUAUACUGUACGCAUGUAGGCUAUAGUAUGUAUGAAUAAACCGUCACGCAUAAUCCCAGUUGCUUAUGGUCAGUGUCAUGUAUUAAUUUCAGUAUGAGCUAAUACCGAUAACCGUGCUUUGCAUUAGUUCCUCAUUGCACUUCGUAUGUGUAUGCAAUAGUGCUCGCCUCCAUGUCGUUAAUUCUAUUUUUAUAAUUCACGUGCGCGUUACGCUUAGCAAUUUCUACCUGUAGUCUAUCUCGUAUAUAUAUGUACUUUAAUGUAUUCGAUGGUAUUUGUUUGUAUAUUUUACGAGCCCACAGAUGAUGUCAUCGUACACCUAAUAAUACCUGAAACCCACGUCUUACAUCGGUAGAAAUUGCUUGGGACUUGUGUAUAUCAAACAAGUAUAUUUAAAAAAAUUAUCCUUAUUUAAAAAGAUUACCGUACGAGUAUUGUUUCUCUGUGCAACGAAAGCUGUCUCGUACUACUGUUAGCUGCAUAAUGCAAUUCUAUAGGUGUACCGAUAUAGUCCUGAUAAUGGAAAGUCUUACAUAGCAAGAAAUAUUAUAGCUCAGGGCCGUGUUUUUUGGGGGAGGGGAUUCUACGGUUUGAAAGAUCAGACAUAAUGCCAAUGACCUGUUAUUGCUUGUUCUUCUUUCUGGUGUGGCGCUUGGUCGUUGUAACAUGUAAUUUCGGUGGUUGUGAAAUUUUUGAAAUUGUCAAAGAACUUCCGGGAGUGAAACCAGGCGUCGGGACGGUACUGUGUCUCUCCUUAUAUGGAAACUUCUUGCACUGAUCUUGUGACUCAUUGUACGCAAAGUUGCCGGCUGCUUCAGUUCUUCAAAGAGAAAGAUAGAAAUAAAGAAAAGUGAUUAAAAAGUUGUUGACGGACCGGUUUGCUUUAUUUUAUUUUAUUUUAUUUUUUUUUGAAAUAAUUUUGUUGUCAUCAAUCCUGAUGCUCUACGGAAUUGUAUAUAAUUUAAUAUUGUGAUUUUGUGUACCAGAGUAUUUGUUUUGGGGAUGUGAAUAAAUUUUUUUCAUUACCUAAUAUAGAAACAACGAUUUCAUUGAGCGUUGCCAAGCUUCCAAAUGCGUUGUUAUGAAUUGAUCGAGUCGAGAUAAAGAUGAGAUUCCUCUGUGUCAUCUUGGGAUUAAUAACUCUGUCAAGAACUCAAAAUCCUAAGGAUUUAUGCCCUGAUAAGAAUUAUCAUAAUCCAAAGAUUGAGGAAAUUGCCAGGGUGAAUUGUGGUCCAGCUUUUCAGAAUAAAUGCCUCUGUCAGUCAAUCUGCUAUGAUGAGCCGCAUCCUCAGUAUGUUGUCAAUUGUACAGAUGCAGGAUUUACUGACACUUCCCCAUUGAAAAAUUUAUCCUCUAAUACUGAGGUGUUAAUUUUUACUGGAAAUUAUCUUGAGGAAUUAGACUGGAAUAUUUUUGGCACUUCAAACUCAUUUGAGAAACUUCGUGUAAUAGAUAUGUCAAAUAAUGGUAUACGAGAAAUAAAAGGCAAAACAUACCAUCAUGUUCAAUAUGUUCAGAGACUCAUUUUGGAUUUUAAUAGACUGAGUUUAGAUUCAGCUUGUAAUCAUCCAAGAGUAUUUUCAAAUUUUGGAUCAUUACUUGAGUUACAUUUGACUGGUGCAUUUGAAAAGGCCAAAUCAAAGGAUUUGGCUUCUACUUUACAUGGUAUAUUUGUUAAUAGUAACCUGACUCGAUUGAUAAAGCUUCAUCUGGAACAGAAUAAUAUAUUUGAAUUCCUUGACUCAAAUGUCUUCUGCGAUCUUCCAAACUUAUUAGAUCUUCACCUAGGAGACAAUGCUCUCACUGCUCUUAAUUUCAAUCUCUCCUGUCUCCAUCAUCUGCGCUUUUUGGAUCUUCAACGCAAUAAAUUCAGCAGAGUCUUGGAGCGCGAUCUUCACACUCUAGACACAUUUGCCAAACAUGGACAGAACGUCACUAUUGACUUAUCCGGGAAUCCUUUAAAUUGUUCCUGCAAGCUCAAUCCAUUUAUCAAAUGGAUGGAGAAAACCAAGAUCUUUGUCAGGAAUAAGAACGUCCUACGCUGUGAUAAGAAAGGAGAAUCACACAGACUUCAAGAAUUUAAGAACUGUUCAUUGAAACUUGCUGCCUCUACCCAUCCUGGUACUACAGUGGCUCUAAUAUUUUUAUCUCUAGUUUUAAUUGGUUUAGUAUCAGCCUUAAUUUAUGUACAACGAGCCGACCUAAGAAAAAGACUAGAACCUGUGAUAGAUUCAGUAAGCAAACGCGUCCGGUAUACAUCCAUAUCUACAGGUGAUAAUCGGGAGAUGGAUGUGUGAAAGAGUCGUAAUUGAAUUUCUGUAAAGAAAUUUUAUAGUCCUUAUUAUACAUUGAAUGAUUAAUCAGUAUUUUAAUAUAAUCUGAUCAGAUCAAGACGCUUCAUUAUCAAGAUAAUGUCUAAUUAAUGAAGUAUGAAUUUAUUAUUAUAUUAUAUGUGUUACACAUACCAAUUAUGUAUACUUAUAGAUGCUACUUAAAUAGCACCGAAAAAUUUUGACUUUUAUACAUGAAGAAUUGAAUUUAUAUCUAUCUUAAAAAUGGUGUUUUUACUACACGUUUUGUAUGAACUAUUUCUUAUAUUUAUUCUGAAGUUUCUGGUGUGAUUUUGUGUAAAGGUUGCGCCUGGUGCACGCACUGUACACUGCCAGGACGUUCUGAAUUGGUAAUUGUUAUAGAAUAAUAGCUGAUAAAUAAGAGCGUCAUAAAAAUAAUAAUAUGAAGACAUUACAUUUCGACACUCUAUUUUAAUAUUUUAUACUCCUCAGUAAGACCAAUGAAACUUAAUUGUAUAUUAAUUUUUUAAAUACAAUGUGGAAUUUAAUACUA